AUGCGAUCUGGAAUGAACUGUUCCGAUCUUGGAAUAUAUAUAAUGGAAAAAAAAAAAAUUAAUCAUUACGUAAAUCCAACCCUUAUUUACCGGAACUCAAUUUGCUAUAGAUUCUUAGUGUUAUUGUUGAAUGAAUUAGUAUUACCAAAAUCUUACAAAUCAUUAAUGUUUCGAUUUCACUUUAUUCUUCUAGAACUAGCUUUUUCUUUCUAUAAUAGGUGUAGUCCCAGAAAUUCCAUUCCGAAUUUAUCGGCAUCACCAUCAUCUGUUUUUCAAUUAAAGUUCUUCUCAAAACAUCUCCGACACACCGCCACGGCCGAUACUCAAGAAAUGAUUGUAAUCAGUUCACAAGAGAAACCCUCCCAUCGAUUGCUCUUGGUAUCAUGUAAACUAUUCUAUGCACGUGUAUGUACGUAA